ACUCUAUUCAGAUCAUGUUACACUGCACUAAUGAGCUAAUUAGUAGAAUCAGGUGUGUUAUAUAAAAGAGACAUUGAAAAUGUGUAGAGAAAUACUGCUUAAGAGGAACAAUGUAAAUGCAGCGGUUCAGUUCUGUGCCACAUGAACCACAGCAGCUAUGUGUGUGUGUGUGUGUGUGUGUGUCAGAGAGAGUGUGAGGGCGAGUGAGUGCAUAGAGAGCACAUAGCUGAAGACGAGCGAGUGAAGAGCACAAAGACCAUUUACACUCAUGGAGAGAUUAUAGAGUUUGUCAGAGAGAGGAAACUUCAUCACACUGUUUAAAUGGACAAGUAAGCAGCUGUUUGUGCAAUGAAGGAAUAUUAGUACACUAAACUCUGAAGAAUUAAACAGCAAACCCUUCAACAAACUUCACCUCUCUCAGACUCCUGCACUGACGGCAGAAAUAACCAGCUAAAUAAAGAAACAUCCUGUCAAACACAAUGACAACCAUUUGGCAGAUGAAACGCUUAAUCAAUCACACCAUCAGUACAGCGAACAGCACUGUGACACCCACAUCGUGUCCUCAUGUGGAAGACGAGAACUUGCGGAUUCCUCUUGCGGUCCUCUACUCCCUCAUCUUCCUGUUUGGCCUGGCAGGAAACGUGCUCGCUUUGUGGGUCUUUCUCUUCCUCCACUCGCGCAGAAAUUCGGUUCGCGUCUUCCUCAUCAACGUGGCCCUCGCCGACCUGUUGCUCAUCAUUUGCCUUCCGUUCCGCGUGUUCUACCACGUUCAGGGGAACCGCUGGACGCUGGGGCCGCGGAUGUGUAUGGUGGUGGGUAAUCUCUUCUACAUGAACAUGUACGUGAGCAUCACGCUGUUGGGUCUCAUCAGUCUGGAUCGCUAUCUGAAGAUCUUCGGCGUGAGGGGAUUCUGGUGCUGCUGCAGGCUGCGCUGGCUCAGAGGAAGUAGCUGGAGUCGGGUGGCGUGCGGGCUGCUGUGGACGUGCUCUCUGGUGAUGGUGGUGCCCAUGAUUGCUCUGCCCGAGGCCAAAGGGGGAGCAGGAAAGUGUUUCCAGUACAAGAAGAGGACGGAGGCCCGAGGCAAAGCCUAUUUCAACUAUUUCAUGGUGGGCGUCUUUUGGUUGGUGUUUGUGGUGCUGCUGGUAUCAUACGGACGGAUCGCACAGAAACUGCUGCAAGCUUCACGGGACAAACCCGAUCUGCCCAACGCUAUGCGUUACAGCCGCACGGCAAAGAAGUCCUUCGUGGUUCCGCUUCUGUUCACCAUCUGCUUCGUACCGUACCAUGCUUUCAGAGGCUUCUAUGUGCAGUCGCAGCUCAGCAACAUCUCCUGCGACACACAACGGUUCAUUGACCGCACAAAUGAAGUGAUGCUGCUGUUUUCCGCCCUCAACAGCUGCCUGGACCCGGUGAUGUAUUUUAUGCUGUCUGGAUCGGUGCGCAAGGCUACCAUACAGGCGUUUUCACAAUUCAUCUGUUUGCACCACGAACCCUCAGCGACCAACAGCUCCACCACGGAGUUCAGGAGAACAUCUGUAUCGCAGGCAUCCACCGCUGCAGUGCUGGUUACAUCGAGAGGGAGUUUGGGUCUGAUCAAGACCCUGCACUGUAAACCCGCCAUUAUUAACACUGCUGAAGGAAAUACCUGCACACAAACAGCUAGGCGGUCACACUGAGCAAACAGUGAUUUCACAGUAGGCCUGGGUAAAUAUAUAAAUGAUCUGAUUAAUCGGCAUCUUCAUUGAACGAUCUCUAUAACAGUACAGAGCGAGAUUAGGGUUAGUUUGGUUUAACUCGUUCUGUGUGUCCAAAGAUGGGAUCCACACAAUCCAUUUGUCAUUGAAUAAUGUCUCUUUUAAUAUUCUUUCUGUUCUUUACUGUCAGAUGUUGAUCAAAAACAAACAAAAAGAAUAAAUAUUUCAUUCUAAAUGCACACGGAUGUGGUGAAAAUGCCAUUCAACUCUCAACUGAAACACUUCUGAGAUGCUUGCUGAACUGAUGCUAUUCUUAAACAGUUCCACAUAUCAAUAUGUAUGCAUGUAAACAAGCAUUUAACAAAAAAUAAAUGUGUGCAAGAUAAUACA